GCAGCAGGCAGAUUGAGAGUGCAGUCGUGCUACUCCCCAACGGAAGCUCAUCUCGAGAAAGCCAAGCAACGAUACGAGCAGACGUUAGCUGAGUUGAGGCGUUCUUCGGAAACAUGCUCUUCUGAACAUAAUUGAGGAAGGAAAAAAUUGAAAAAAUGAUACGAAUCAAAGAGACAGCACCUCCUCUAGACUACUCGUUUAAGAGCUUGGACAACAUCGAGGGACUGCACUUGUUGAAACCACGGCGUGGUGUGAAACGGUACCGGAGAUCAACAUCUGGUCGGUACAGCUGUACUUCACUCAGACUCAACAACAACCACUUGACUUCAGUACACGGCAUUCACGCUGUGGCUUACCAGCUUCUGGAGCAGCCUGAACACCUGACCUGGUUGGAUCUGUCAUUCAACAAGUUGACAUCGCUUGCCCCUGAGAUCGCCUCGUUCGCUUCUCUCAAGAUUCUGUAUCUCCAUGGUAAUCAGCUGUCUGACCUCACUUCAGUGCUGCGACCUCUUAAAUGCCUGGAUGAUCUGUACAGCCUGACGCUCCAUGGUAAUCCACUGGAGGAGAGAAAGGGUUAUCGGAACCGAGUGAUAAGCUCGCUCCCACAGCUGAAGUCUCUGGACUUCACCAACGUCACAUCGGCGGACCACAAGCGGAUCCAGCAACGCAAGAGUGCAGCGGCGGCUGCAGAGAACAGUCAACAACACAGUCGUGUCAAGAGUACAUUCUGAUACCUAGACAAGCUUCAGACACCGUCACCUCGUCAGAACAAAACAGCAGAGAAGACAGCCAAAGAGAAACCUGUCAAGGAGAAAGAUUUCUGGGAUGAGUUUUAUCCGAAAAUACCAAUAGACAGAGAUAGAAGGAAGAGCCCUUGGAUCCGUGGAUUUAACCGUUACGAGGAGUUUGACCGGUUCGCCCUUUUCCCAAGAUUUUUCUCCCUUGACGAGUCAGAGCCUGCAGUGAAAGCAUCUGAAUAACCGGACAGUGAAAAUUAUACGUAUUUUUGCUAAGUUCAACUAAAAAUUGCAAAAAAUAUUUUUUUUUACCAGCGCAUGAACAUUCUAUUACAAGAUUUUUUAAAUUUUAGCUUUUCACUAAAUAAAGUUGUCUGAGCACUGUUAAUGUAAUAGUAUUAACAUUAAUUUAUUGUAUUUUAUAUUUCUAAUUUCAAUAAAGUUUAUUCAAUACACA